CACAGAGCCCCAAAAUGGUGACCACUGAUAUUUUGACGAAUGAUAUAAUUACCUUGAAUACACAAGAUCAAGGUCGCAGAGACUCAAUGUCCACGUUCCACAUCGAUCAAAAUCGAUAGGGCAGUGAAGCUGCUAAACUCUUCUGGAUCUCCAAUAUAUAAAAAUCAUCUUAAAUACCACUGGAUCCUAAAUGCUCUUGUGUAUUUUGUGAGAAAGGAAAUCUCCUUGUCGAGAACAUUUCGCGGGCAUCGUUGAUUUUGAAUUACCUUUCGACCAACUCCCUUUCCUGCGUGGGUCUGAAAUAAAUCGAUGAAUCGUAGAGUUGAUCGAUUGUUUAGUUUGGAACUGUUUGGUAAACUUAUUCGGCGCUCGUUCUAACGAUGGAGGUUUUAGGUGAAAUUAGUAACUUUUGUCGCUUUUGCCUGAGCCAGGACUGCGAAUCCUUAAUGCCACUAUCCAGCGCCAUCGAAAGCCUCUCUUUUUCGUUGCAAGAUAUACAGGAAACGACCGGUAUUUCGAUUCUGGAAAGCGAAAUCACAUGCCUUGCCGUCUGUUUAAAAUGCAGCAACCGCAUUGAACUCGCGGUGGAUUUUCGUCGUUCCUGUCUAAACGCAAACAUUUUGUUUAUGCAGCUUUUCGGUCAUUCAGAAAAGCUUAGAUUAUCGAAUAUAGCGGAAGAGAAUCUGGAGUACCUCACAUACGUAAAAAACGACCCGCUAGAAAUCGAAAUAACUCUACAAACCGAAACGACCAAUGAAAACACCUAUGAAGAGCGCGAUGAGCCAGCAUUACUGGCAGAAGAAUCACAAGAGCUGAUAGAAGAGCCAACAAACAACGGACAGGAAGAUUGUGAAGAUAAAGGUAAUAGUUCCGAAGAUCUGCCAGAAGUCUCCACAAACUCGUUAGGACCAAAACUGAAAACCACAAAUGCGAGAGUGGCCGUGGCUGCAUUGAAUUGUAGAAUGGCGAAAGCAAAAGGUCUACCUAAGGAAAAUGAAGAAGAUAAAUCAACUUAUCCAAAGAAACGUAAAAAAUCCGGAAAAGCCAGAAAACAAUUGUGCGGUAUUUGCGGUGCAUUAGUAUUCAGCCUGAAUGACCAUACACGAUCGCAUACCAAGGAAAACCUUCUCAAAUGUCCGCAUUGUCCCGCACAGAUGGCUCAUGCCUCCAACCUCUUGUCGCAUGUGCGCGCAGUACACGAGAAAAAGAUCAUUAAAUCUUGUGAACCGUGUGGCAAGGGUUUCAUCACAUACAACUCCUACAAAUCGCAUAUGCGAUCGCAACAUAACAUCGGUGAGCGGUACCAGUGUGAAAUCUGCCUCAAAAUGUUUAGUACUACAUCGAGUCGCCGAGAACAUGUACAGCGAAUACAUGUCGCCGAAUGGAAGUUUGAAUGCCAGAUUUGCCAGAAAAAGUUCAAAGACAAGUCCAAACUGAAGCAACAUGAAAAUGUACACUUUGCCAUCGCUUCCUACGCUUGUAGCCAGUGUCCAAAGCGAUUCAAGUCUCCAUACGCGAAAAAAACGCACGAAAUUACACACAGCGGAAUCCAAUUCCCUUGUACAAUCUGCACCAAGGUGUACCGGUACAAGAGCCUACUCAGCAUGCAUUACCGGAAAUGCCACCCAGCGGAGUGUAAUGGCGAAUAGACAAAUAAAUACAAUAAAUACGAGCU